CUCCCGGGCACCACACUAAAAAGACACACACCCCACCGGCCUGAGUUUGACAGUGUGAACCAUGGCUCCGUUGACCACGCUCGUAACCCUCUUGUUCCUCUCUCUUGCGGCUGGCGUGCCACUAGGGGACUCUUACAAAGAAGAGAGUGUGGCUCUGGAGUUCCGUAAUGCCCUUAGCACAGGCCAUGUUGGCCCUACCCUCAAGCAGGUCGCCAAAGAGCUGGAUUUAAGGAGUUGGGUGGUAAAGGAGUCCCACGAGAUGAAGGCAGCCGAUACCAUCAAUUUGUUCUGUCCCGCCUGUAACAUCGGCUUUGGGGAGAUUAUCCACUUGGUCAACAAUGGCACCGAUCCGAAGAACAUUGUCGACAAAUUGAUCAUCCUCUGUGUCGACCUUGGCAUCUCCAACCACAUCUUCUGCGAGAGUUUUCUAUGGGAGGUUCAGUCCCAGUUGUUGUGGGUGAUGGAGCACCGGGAGGGGCUGACAGGGAAGGACAUGUGCGGCAUGAUGUUCGGCGGGCUCGGUUGUCACACCAAAAACCCAGACCGAGUGUGGGAGGUGACACUGCCUGACGUGGAGAAACCUCCUGUUACUGACCCCGUUCUGCCCGAGCCUGGGUCCCCCGUGAUGAAGAUCCUCCACUUGGCCGACACUCACUACGACCCUGACUACCUGCCCGGCAGCAAUGCCGUCUGUGGCGAGAAGUACUUCUGCUGUAGGGCAGAGAGUGGUCCAGUGGUGCACCCGGAGGACGCGGCUGGCAAGUGGGGGGACUACCGCAACUGUGACGCCCCUAAGUGGCUCCUGGAAAAACUCUACGAACACGUCAACAACAAUUACGAGGACCUGGACUUAAUCAUCUGGACUGGGGACUUGACCCCUCAUAUUGUGUGGAACACUUCGAGGGAAGGCAAUCUGAAGGUGAUCAAGGAAGCCGUCCAGAUGAUCCACGACUACUUCCCCGGUGUCCCCGUCUUCCCUACCAUUGGUAAUCAUGAGUCCCACCCCGUCAACGCAUUCCCUCAACCGUACAUUGAUAACGAGUUCGACAUAUCGUGGCUGUAUGACGAGAUCGCAGAGCUGUGGGAGACCUGGCUGCCACCUGAGGUGGCUACCAGCAUCGCAUACUCUGCCUACUAUACUACGCUCAUCAAACCUGGCCUCAGGGUCAUCUCCACCAACACCAACUACUGUUACGACUUAAACUGGUGGCUGGUGUACGAUGAUGUGGACCCAGCGGAUGAGCUUCACUGGCUGGCUCGUGAGCUGCAGAAGGCCGAAGAUGCUGGCGAGUUGGUGUACAUCUUAGGUCACAUUCCACCAGGUCAUGAGGACUGUACUAACACCUGGAGUCACCAAUACAAUAGGAUCAUAUACAGGUAUGAGUCAACCAUUGUUGGGUUGUUCUACGGCCACACCCACAAAGACCACUUCAUGAUGUUCUAUGACCCCAACAAGCCAGAGCGGGCAUACCAUGUAGGUUAUGUUGCACAGAGCCAGACGACCUAUAACGAUCUCAAUCCUGGCUACAGGGUCUACAUCGCCGACGGCGACUAUAAUGGUUCAUCUUACCGAGUGUUGGACACGGAAAACUGGGCGCUGGAUCUGGACGAGGCCAACAAGAACGAUGACCCCAGCUUCUACCUCCUCUACAGUGCUAAGGAAGCCUAUGGGAUAAAUGACCUGUUCCCGGAAUCGUGGGCAAACCUGGUGGAGGAAAUGAAGCAGCCCAACAGCACUGCUUUCAAAGACUUCUUCAAGUUCUACAGCAAGGACGGAAGACCUUACCGUGAGAAAGGAUGUGAUGAAAAGUGCAAGGCAUCACUUAUAUGUCGCCUGAUUGUUUCAGACACAUCAGACAAAUCCCGCUGCGAUGGUCUUUGAGUCAGGAGUCCUUAAGUGACAAAUACGGACAGUAUACUGACCACUGCAUAUAUCGUAGUGAUUCUUGACAUACAGUUCACAGUAAGCAGCAAGCCUACAUAGUGAGCUGAUUUUUGUAAACUAAGUGAAUAUCUGAGUCUUUCAUAUAUUAAAAAAAAUAAUUAUAAAAUUUCCAUAUUCA